GCACAGAGGCUGCUGGCACAGCGGCGACCGCAGAAAUCCUUCUUUGAGACGCUCAUCAGGAGCCUGAUCAUCUUGUGCGUGGCCAUAGCAGUGGUCUUGUCAUCCAUCUCCGUCUGCGAUGGCCGCUGGCUCUUUGCAAGGGGGCAGCUCUUCGGACUGUGGCACUUCUGCACCGUUAGUAACAGCAGCGUCCUGAAGUGUGUCACCGACCUCAGCCUGGCCAACGUGGAGGGGCUGAGUGUGGGGGUGAUUCCCAUAAGGAGCAUGGUGUCCUUUGCUGUUGUAGUUGCCAUAUUUGGCCUGGAGCUGCUGAUGGUGUCCCAAGUCUGCGAGGACGCCAACGCAAGGCGGAAGUGGUCGAUGGGCUCGGUUCUCAUCCUCGUCUCAUUUUUGCUGUCGGCCACCGGGGUUCUGAGCUUCUCCAUCCUCGUGAAGGAUCACCUCACCUUCACGGGCUUCACGCUGACGUACUGGUGUGAGUUCAUUGCUGCCUUUCUCUUCUUCCUUAACGGGAUCAGUGGACUUCACAUCAACAGCCUCACACACCCCAGGAACAGGGUAGGCAAAAUCUAG